AAGCGCUCCGCCGAGCCAGGGGCGCGAUCACGGCCGGGCGCGCGCCUCGGGCUCGGGCGGAGCGGAAGACGCGUGGAGCUGUGCGAGGACCCGCGAGCUUUGCAGUGCACCUUUGUUGUGUCUUAGAAAUAGACGUUAAACUGGUCUGAAUGAAAAAUGUCUCUCAAUACACCUGUAUUUCUCAAAGAAAGGGAAGAAGACAAUUCAAAAUUUGAAGAAAUACAGCAGUCACAAACUACUUCCAUAGCUGCAGAAGAUCCUCUUCAAAACCUAUGCUUAGCAUCUCAAGAAGUUCUUCAAAAAGCUCAGCAAAAUGGAAGAUCAAGAUGUCUCAAGUGUGGUGGUUCAAGAAUGUUCUACUGCUACACAUGUUAUGUCCCAGUUGAAAAUGUACCUAUUGAACACAUACCGUGUGUGAAGCUUCCAUUGGAGAUUGACAUCAUUAAACAUCCGAAUGAAACAGAUGGCAAAAGCACUGCUGUACAUGCAAAACUCUUAGCACCUGAGUUUGUAAAUAUUUAUACAUAUCCUUGUAUUCCAGAAUAUGAAGAAAAGGACCAUGAAGUUGCUCUUGUUUUUCCUGGACCCAAGUCUGUCUCAGUAAAGGAUAUUUCUUUUCAUCUACAAAAAAGGAUUCAAAAUGUUAGAGGCAAAAAUGAUGACCCUGACAAGCCGUCCAUUAAACGCAAGAAAACUGAAGAACAGGGUUUGAAUGACAGCAAGUGUGAAGACACAACACUGAAAAAAAUUGUAUUUAUAGAUAGCACCUGGAACCAAACAAACAAAAUAUUCACUGAUGAGAGGCUUCAAGGGUUGCUGCAAGUUGAAUUGAAAACAAGAAAGACUUGCUUUUGGCGCCAUCAAAAAGGAAAGCCAGAUACCUUCCUUUCCACAAUUGAAGCCAUUUACUACUUUCUGUCAUAUGUCAGUUUCUUCAUUUCUGAAGAGAUAGUAAUACAGUAGCCAUCUUACGGGAUUAUGAUGAAGAUUAACUGAGUUAAUGUGUCUAAGGGGCUUUCAGCAGCACCUGGCAUAUGGUAAGUGCUAUGAAUGUGUUUAUUCUUUUUAUUGUUUUAUAAAAUUGUAAACUAAGCAUGAUAUAACCCUGGAGAUGCUGGUGACAUCUGUGCUGCAGGUAGCAAGAACUUGCCUUAGAAUGAAGCCAGCAAAGGAAAGCAGAGUGGAGAGAUAGACUGAGUCCUGAGGACAUCAUGUGAUCAUCUAAUCUAGCUGCUCGUGAAUGGAGUCCUACAGUGCUGACUAGCUUCUGUUUGCCUUCCGGAUCCACCCUUCACUCUUUCCCAUUCCGCUCUCUGUUCUGUGAGGUAGGUCCCCUUGCCCACUGACUUUUGGUUGGGUUCAGCAAAUGGAAGCACCAGCAGGAGUUUGGAGGUUGAAAAGAAAAUGAAAUUGUAUUAUUUAUUUCCCUGGCUCCUUUCCUGCCAGGUGCCACCAUGGAUAGGCUUUGUCCCUCUACUGAAGGCCGUCCUAUCAGGCGUCCCUUUCCAAGCAGUUAUUCCAGUUAAUGUCAGGCCCCCUUUUCACUUAUGGGUACUAAUGACUCCCAGGUGUUACUAGCUCCAGGGUAGGUCAUUACACUUUGCUGGUUUCCCUAAACUCUGCCUAUACCUUUGUAAAUAGUCAAUUAUAUUCUUCUCAAAUGUCCCCAUUUGAAGUUGCUCUUUUUAUGGGACCAUGACUGAUAAAUUCACCCAAGUGGUUGCUGGAAAUAACAAUACACUUUCCAAAGUGUAUUCAAUGGGACACGUUUUUAUAAGAAAAUGAGUUACUGGUAAACUUUAUUUAUUGCACAUUAUAUUUCCCUCUUAGAGAUUCAAAAGGUACAGCAUAAAAGUGCUGGAAAGUUCUGAAAUAAACAUUUUAAACUUUAUUUAAGUUAGUAUUUCUUAAACAUAUUUGAAUAAGUAAUGCCUACUAACGUACUGUGGACAUUUGAAACGUGAUUUAGAGCAGUCCCUGAUUAACAUAUAUGUGGCAGUUGAGGCCUAAAGAGAUUAAGCAGCUUGCCCAUAGGGUCACAUAACUAUUUAGUGGUAGAACUUUAUCUAGAAUCUGGGACUUCUGAUUUGGUUCAGUGAGGUCCCCAUUGUGUUAUUCUCUUCAUUAAAAAAAGAACGUGGAUUAUGUAAUGUCUGAACAUUGUUGGUCCCAUAGUCUUAGCCACAUUAACUAGCCAAUUUGCCUAUGAGUUAAUAGGUGGUAACUGGCUAUCAGUUAUUUUAUAAGAAUGAAAUUAGAAUGGAUUUCUUCAUUUUUAAAACGUGGCCUUGGGAACAGAGGAAGGCCUGAAUUGAUUUAAACAGGGCCAAAGUUGAAUUUCUCUGGGCUAAAUUUGAACUUCCCUGAGCCAGAAUCUAUUGCCAUUUAACUGGCUCUACAAAUCAACGAAAUAUAAUUAAAAGGGAGAAGGGGGAAGAAAAGGAACUAAUUUGCCCCUAUCUUACAGCUGUUGUAGGAAAGAUGACCCACAUACUUCAUAAGAGCCUAAUUUACAGACAAAUCUCAAGUUCUUCCCCCCAAACAAUAAUACCUGUUUGAACAAAACAAUCCUAAUUCUUUACCCCUCCCUGUAUUCGUCAUAUUCACAGUCUUUUUUCAUGCUCCUUUGGAGUACCUUCUCACUGAUUCUGGAGAAUCAUAUGUAUUUCCAAACAUCUAGUGUAUUUCCACUUACCCUCGUGCUACUGCUGUUGCCAUAAGCAUGAACAUGCCUGGGUUAGCCUGCUGGAGGGUGAGAUAUGCAUGGAGCCAAGCCAAGUUGCCCUGGUUGCCCCAGCUGUAUUCUGUCUAGAUUGACUGAUAGCCAGUCAACCCUCAGAUAUAUGAGCCAUCCCAGCCAAGAUCAGCAGGACCACCUAACUGACACUUAUCUGAUUCCAGAUGUGUGAGCAAGGGAUGUCCAUUGUUCCCUGCCACUGAGGCUUUAUAGCUGUUAUUAUACAGCAUUGUUGUGCCAAUAGAUAUCUCAUCUUUGGAUACAGUAUCAAACACAUGUUUCUCAAGUGCCUUCUCAGAUUCUUGGCCCCACUGUUUCCUAGGCCACCAACCACUUUCUUUGUCAUAGCUACCACCCUACCUAGUGACACACUACCAGAGGAUUUGAGUGAUUCUUCUGCCUGAGGUCAACUAGCCACAUGCUCAGAAUCCAGGACCAAUCCCUACACUUCUGGACUCAAGGAAGCACCAUGCCACAGGGUUUCCCCAGUGACUGUCAAAAAAGCUAGAUGAUGCCAUAAGGAGCAGUGAAGUUAACUGGAAAACUUGGAUCAAUGGGCUAGAAGAAGCUGUCAGACAAAUUUCUCUCCCUUCUUCUGAUGAACUAUUUUGAGGUUCAGUUUUUCAUUCUUCUGCCCAGAGAUGUACCAUGUAGCUAAGCAAGUGUACUUGCCAAAUUAUCAGCAAUGUCUUUUCUUGAAGCAGAAACCAAAUGCAAUGCAGUAAUUUGUCAAUUUGCAUUUGCUUCCAAUCCUUGCUAGCCUUACUUUCUUUUUCACUGUCAUCAGCCUGGAU